AGAGACCUCGAGGGAUGCGUCCGCCCGCAGACAGCUGCGGGCCCCGGGCCCCCGACACCUGACCGUCCAGGGGCCGAGUCGCUCGCAGGGACGCCGGCUCCUCAGCUCUCGCCCAACACGCACGGCGCGUGGCCAGACGGCCUCCGGGUCUGGGUACCAGGAGUCGCGCCGAUGGAUUUGCGCCGCGGCGCGGCCCUGAUUCAGAAGAGCAGGAGUCUGUCCUGGCUCCGUCCACGCCCCCGAUCGACGGUGGUGUUGAGCUGGUCAAGUCCCGGGUCUGCCCACGUUAAUCCAAGCCGCUUAGCUCCGCGCCUCGGCGGCCACAGACACAGGCAGGUGCACCUGCUGGCCAGACUCCGGUCCACUGAGUGUGAGCCGGAAGCAGCCCUGCACUGGCGCACCCGACUAAGGCUGGGAGUGCGGCGCAUGCGGAAGUGCGUCAUACCUCGAGGAGCCAGGACGCGACGGCGCCGGAAAAACUACGGCUCCCACAAUCCUCUAAGAAGGCGCCCCUGUUCAGCAGCUGGCUUGCCGUUGCAGCGGAUCUAGAGUGGGCACAGCCUGACGAGAACCGAGGGCUGGGAGGGGGCUCUGCCAGCGGCACCGGUCCACCCUACCCCGGCUGCACCAGGUUCAGUACCACCCGCAGAGCUCGGACUCCCAGUUUCCCAGGCCCUGUAGAACUGACUCAGAGCCCGACCCCAGCAGAGACGCAGGUGUGCUGAGGUCUUGAUAUCAAACGAGGAAACAAGCAAGGAUGUCUGCUUUCAACAUUUCUGUUCAACGUUGUACUGGAUGUUCUAGUUGGUGCAGUCAAGUAAAAGAAAAGAGAAGAAAGUAUGCAAAUUGGAAAAAAAGUAAAACUGCCUUUAGUCACAGAUGACAUAAUCCCAUAUAUAGAAAAUUUCAAGGAAUCACCAGGUGCUGUGGCCCAUGCCUAUAAUCCCAACACUUUGGGAGGCUGAGGUGGGUGGAUCGCAAGGU